UCUAACGAAAAAAUAAAAGAGAAUAUCUUGAUUGUCGUCGUACAGAUGUAACGGGUUUGACAGCUCAUAGAGUUCUCAUCCCUACUUUAAAACGUCGAGUUCGACGAGGAGUCGAACGUUAACCGAAACUUACCGAAGUUAACCGAAAUGGUUCCGAGCGAAUGGUAUGGGGCGUAAGAUUGUCAGUCGCACGCCGGUCGUUGAAUGGAGCGGGUCUGGAGACGUGUACAAGGUGUCGGGCGUCGCAGUGGCGUAGGACGCUGCGGCUGCCCCGUGCAACCAUGUCAGUUGCACGUGGACCAACGCGCGAAGCGUGGUGCCAGUGGAUCACGAAGAUCACGAGGUCCGCAAACGAUAGUAUGUGCUUGUCAAGUGCAACCGUGUCCGGUACAUCCGGUAUUAAUAAGGGUUCGUCGUACGAGACAACAGCAGCAGCAACAACAGCAAUCGGUAAUAGGCAACUGCGACUGUCCAAACGAGUUGCAAUCCUGUCCACACGCAUCCCGCGCUGCUGGAUCUUCGCGGAGGGUCAGAAGAUGCGAAUGUACGGAGAGACCUUGUCGACACACAGGCAAUGGUACUGUCUCUCAACAACAGCAACAACGUCGUGUAGGAACUUCAUCUCCUUUAGCUGGGUCCUCGAGUCAAACAAGUCAACAACAACAACAACAGCAGCAGCAGCAGCAGCAACAGCAAUCGAUAACUGUAGGAAUGUCACAACAACAAGAGAGAUCAUCGGGCUCAGUUGUCGAGCAGAAUCGUACAGACGGCGGCGAGGCGCCGUGCGAGUGCGACUGCGACGAGCAAUCAAGGCCUUGCUCCCACGAGCCAAGGAUGAUGAUGAUCACGACACGCCGUACAGCAACGGCUAGUCGCGCAACCUGCGAAUGCGGAAAAACCGCAGAGAACGUUGACGAGGACGAUGAGGAUAGCGUCGCUGGAACUCGACCGUGCUCUCAUAAACCACAAACCGAAGGACGUAUAAAACGAGUUAAAUAUCGUGUUAGACGUGCUGGUUGCGCGAUGGCCAGGUGCACGGCCGAGCUCGCGAUGUUGCACUUGCACUGGGAGCUCGCCUCCGAAUGUGCGCCAUGCCGGCCACGGGCAUUCACCAGGAGACUCUGUAGAAGACAACAGAGUGAUAACGAACUAUACAGAAGUAAUAGUUUCAAGUUCGAAAGGUUCGAGAGAAGCAGAGAUGAAUAUGCUACGCCGUUAAAGAAACAGGUCUCAUUGUGCGACGAGUAUAGUUUACCGGUUGACUUCGUAAACAAGAAACGUCCCUCCAGUGCUGCGGCUGCAACUUCCUCGUCGAUUCAGUGGACUUUGCCAAGUCCUACAGUCGAGAACGCAGAGAUUGAAGUCGUGGAACAAUACAGUGAUCCUAGAGAUAGCAAGAGUAAGGCCUAUAUCGAACCAGGAGCUGAGACUUCAUUGCCAACGAUUUAUAGCAAAGUAAAUCGGAACUAUUGUCGACCUUAUACAGAUCCAUCGGCUUCUGGAUCGUCUUGCGAGGAUGAAAUCGCCGAGGAACGUUUCACUGGUGCUAGAAAACGUAAGAACAGUUUGCACGCGUCGAGCUCGUUACGAGCUGCUUCAGUAGAAAGCGACAGGCCACUAUCUACCGAUGGUGUACUCGUUGAUUGCGUUGCAUUAGUACAUCUCGCUGAUCAAUCCUCUACGGAUUCAAAUCAACCUGCUCGUCAUCCGUCGCCGUAUUAUUACGGUGAUCUCUUCAAAGUACCGGAACAGCCGAUAAGAUCACAACCGAGUAAAUAUAGAAAGAGUGUGAGCCUCGACGUGCCUGAGGAACGUUCGAGAACACCCGGUAUACCGAAGAGAAAUUCUCUGGCGGGUGAUGGGGGUCCCUAUUCGCCUCAUCAACAACAGCAUCAAUAUCAGCAGCAACAGCAACAGCAACAGCAACAGCAACAGCAACAGCAUUAUCAACAGCAACAGGGGGGACUACAGCAAAAAGGACAACAGCAACAGCAUCCCCAACAGCAACAGCAACAGAAUUAUCAGAAUCAAGAUCUAGUGAGCCCCACAUCGGGGAGCGAGCAUGCUGUCCCAGAUAGAAACAGCGAGAUCCUCUCAUCGUGCAUCAUCACGGAGUGGGUUCACACACUCAUGCCUCCGCCUAGGCUGCUGAGCCAUGAUCUUCCGAGUACCGUUUGUACGUGCGUCGCAUCAGCCGAGGAAGAAGAGGAUGAGCUAGAUCGACGACAGCCGCAGACUACGCGGCAACAACAGCAAACGCAACAGCAGCAGCAGCAGCAACAGCAGCAGCAACUUCUUCAUCAUCAUCAUCACCACUAUCACCAUCAUCAUCAUCAUCAGACAGCACCGCGGAAAUUACGACGUGCCAGAAGAAUAGAUCCACAGCCGAUUCUGGUGGAGGACGAGGACGACGUGGAGGGGGAGGACGAGGAGGAGGAGGAGGAGGAGGAGGAGGAGGAGGAGGAGGAGGAGGUGGUGGUGGUGGCUGGUUUGGAGGAAGACGAGGAAGAGAUGGCGAGGCAACGUCAUCUCUAUGAGACAGCCUUCGAUUGCAAGGUCAAUCGUUCUGACGACGACUUAGACGAUCUCGAUCGAGUUACCAAUCAUCCGGUACUGCAUUCCCAAAUAAGAAGCAGUAGCGCUUUAGCUGUGAGUCGAACGAGUUCGUCGACCGAUACGUCGAAACAGCAACAACAACAACAGCAACAACAACAACAGCUGCAACAACAACAGCAACAGCAGCAACAACAACAGCAACAACAAAUUCCUUACGCUGGUCAACCGCAUUCGAGCAAAGACCAUCGACGCAAAGUCGUACUUCUCCGCCCAAAACCAAUUCCGAGCCGUCUUCAGCAACAACAGCAACAACAACAACAGCAGCAGCAGCAUCAACAACAACAACAACAACAAUCAGACAAUAUUUCGACUCUGUCCCAGGAUAUCGAAUCCCUCCAGAUAAACUCGAGCGAUGAAAAAACUGGCUCGCCGAGACUUCCUGCGAGAGGUUACACACCCUCGCCGCCAUCAACGGCACCCUUACCCGCGAAAUUUCAUGGGAAUCGCGAUCACCUAUUGCUGAACAUACGCAGCGCACCAAAUUUGCCAUCCCAACCGGAUCAUCCACGUUUGAAGGACAUGAGACUACCCGUGAAGUCUACAUUACGUGCCAAGGAUUCUCCUCAAAGUAGCGAGGGCAGCAUUUUAGAGAUCAAAAGCCGACCUAAGAACUUCGUUCAGGAAAACGUCGAGUCAUCUCAAGGCCGCCGUUUCGACAAGGAACUUAUUCUUGAGUUCAAGAGCAGGCCAAGAGACGAGAGACAACGUCCAAGAAGUUUGAUACGCGAGAGCAAACCCAUCAUGGAGUUCAAGGGUAGGCCUCACGAAGCUGAGAGUGACCUUGCACGUCCAAGAAGGGAGGCUGGCCUUUUGGAAUUCAAAUUACGUAACAGCAGGCGCAGAGCUGGAUAUUCCAGUACCGAAAGUAUGGCAACUAGUAGUAGCGGCGGUAGUAUGGAGUCUUUGAGAAGCAGCACCAGCGAAGGUAAUCGAUCUACGAGCAGCUCAGAAAGUCGUCACAGUACCAGUCUAAGUUCUCAUAGCUCCGACAGCGGUGGUACAAAUUGUUAUCAUCAUCAUCAUCAUCAUCAACAGCCAUCUUUAACGGGCUUCCUGACGCAUCAUGCCAAUAAACUUCAUAUACUUUCGCCUAUUUCUGAUAAGUCCUCACAGGAACCAGCCUCUGAGACCUCGGACAACAAUCGUAAUAAUAAUUCUCAAAAGGCAUCGCCCGAGGAAAACAUUACCACUGAAAAUAACGUUAUGCUUACCAACAAUACCAACACUAAUACGAAUACAAAUACCAAUGCAGCCAACACAAAUACAAAUUCCGUCACGUCUCCCAUGGACACGUCCUUUAAAAAGAGACGAACUCCUCAAAACAAGAAUCUGAUUAAUUUAGCUCUCCAAUCGUCGUCUUCCGGAGAUGCAGAAAUACAAGGCUCCGACAGUGGUAUUUCUAUCGAGUCUCGAGCCGGUAUCAAGUGCAAGCCCUUUGGUUUUCACCUGGUAAAACCCCAAUUGGAUAACAUCAAUAUAGUCGAUAAUGAGCCGGAAUUAUCCGAUUUGCCGUUUGACAUGCCAAAACUUCGUAGAAGAAGAUUGCUCAUGCAACAGGAUGCAACAACAUCUGGUAGCGCGACAAGUGUCGAUUUGAGAGAUUUGCCCUUUGACAUGCCAAAACUUAGAAGGAGACUUAGGUGCACUCAAAGCACCGAAUCUAGUGCAUCACAAGCUUCUUCGAGUUUAUCGGUACGCGACGUCGAACCAUCUGCUCUAUUUGGCGGCGGUCUGGCGCGUCCAAAGAUGACUCUGAAUCUGGAAGCUGGUGGAAAUGCUUCCGGGGGUGGAACGAACGUCGGACAACUGGCGUUAAAGAAGCCUGGUGGACUUAGCCUUGGAUUACCUUUAGAAAUGAAUAUUGCAAGAGGAUCAGCUGAUCUAGUUGAUGUCGAUUUACCUUUGGAGAGACAAGGAUGGUAUCACGGUUCUAUCACGAGAAUCGAAGCCGAAGCUGUUCUCCGACUUCUUCGUGAAGGAAGUUACUUGGUGAGGAACAGUGAAUCGACCAAACAAGAUUACUCGUUGUCUCUUAAGAGUGCCAAAGGUUUCAUGCACAUGCGUAUACAGAAGAACGAGGAGCUAAACGCAUAUAUAUUAGGACAGUUUAGCAAACCCUUUGAAAGUAUACCAGAAAUGGUUCGUCAUUUCAGCGUGAAUCGACUUCCGAUACGUGGUGCCGAGCAUAUGUGUCUUCUGCAUCCUGUUAUAGCACAGCUUUUGUAGCGCAUCUAUCGUAGCGCCGUUUAAAUGGAGGCGCUGCCUUUCUCGGGACACUUUUUGAUAAUUCAUAGUUUUCUUGGGACGAAUGAAAAAAAACAAACACAAAUACCUCCGGCAUAGAUCGAUAAUGAAAUAGGGAGAUAGAGAGAGAGCGAGCGAGA